AUGGCCACUUCGGCAGAGCGUUUCGGCACAGUCUCAGCAGACACAAGCGAAGACCAUCUGGAACCAGUUGACAUCUCGCAUCACUACUCAUUCGUCACGAAAAACCGUCAUCGGACAUUUAUCAAGGGCUUCUACAAGUAUUUCAGGAUACCUAAUAUUGGUCAACUUGCUGGAGGUCUCCCUAACUACAAAUACUUCCCUUUCGACACCCUUGAAGCCUGCGCUGCUCUUCCUAACCACUCUACGUCUGGCGAACAGGAUGACGAGAUCGGAAAAGCUACAACUCGGCUCAGUAUAUCAGAUUCGAAGAAAGAUGACCGUCAUUCCAGGGUGCUCGUACCAAGAACAUCCAAGACGGACGAUGCCUUGCGCAAGAUCGACGUAAAAUCAGCCCUGCAGUAUGGCACAUCUCAGGGCUACCCUCCACUAUACAGCUUUGUUCGCCAAUUCGCUCUCGAGAACAUGCAUCCAAACGUUCCUUACAAGCCAGGCCCAGAAAUAGUCCUUACCGCUGGGGCGACAGACGGCUUUUCAAAAAGUAUAGAAGCUCUAAGCAACGCGUGGAGUGAGCGAGAUACAGCUACUACGAGGGAAGGGAUCAUGGUCGAAGAGUUUGCUUAUAGCCUACCACUACAAGCAGCUAGGGCUCGUGGGAUGAACAUAGUGCCUGUCGCUGUGGAUGAUCAAGGAAUGAGCGCUGAGGGCUCCGGAGGCCUGUCAGAUGUCCUGGAGCAUUGGGAUUUCGACAAGGGCAAGCGACCACAUCUGAUCUAUACUAUCACCAUUGGUCAAAAUCCUACAUCUGGUGUACUCAGCGUAGCUCGAAGGAAGGCAAUCUAUGCAAUGUGUGUGAAGUAUGAUAUCCUCAUCAUCGAAGACGAUCCGUAUUGGUUCCUCCAAUAUCCAUCUGCCUGCUCAGCUUCUCAGCAAUUGAAAGAGCAACAUGAAGCAGGAAACAAAACUGUCCCAAUCAAGUCCUCCGGUUACAGCUUUCUCGACUCGCUUGUCCCAAGCUAUCUCUCGAUCGACUACCAAGGCCGCGUCAUUCGCUUGGACACUUUUUCAAAAACAGUGGCGCCCGGCUGUCGACUCGGAUGGAUCACCGCACAGCCAGCUUUGUGUGAGCGACUGUUCCGGAUCACUGAUGCCUUUGCACAACAGCCAUCAGGCUUUGUGCAGUCGGUGAUUGCCGAGUUGAUUAUCGGACCGCCAUCCGACGAUAGCACAUCGGGCGGUGGAAACAAAACCAAAGGCUGGCAAACGGGCGGCUGGGUGCGCUGGCUCGAAGGCUUACGAGAUCGGUACGAAUGGAGAAUGAACACGGUGUGUGAUGUCCUCGAAGGCGGCCAGGAUCUAGUUAUCACCACCACCCAAUCAUCCCCAAGAUUGGGCCCACAAGCAUCGGAGAGGGCAGGUCUUGUACCAGAAUUGUCAGAAUAUGUCCACAUAAGUAAAAUACGCAUCUACAACUUUACACGCCCCCGAGCCGGAAUGUUCAUCUGGAUCCACAUCCACUUCCCCACCCACCCUGUCUGGCCCUCCUUUUCCUCCCGUCCUGGUAGACUUUCAAAAGCGCUCUUCAUCUUCCUCACCACGCCCAAAUACCGUGUCGUCAUCACGCCUGGGGAGAUCUUCGCAGCGACGGAGGAUAUCAAGGAAGAGAGGGCGUGGCAGUAUUUCAGAGUCUGUUUUGGGGCUGUGGAUGAGGAGGUGCUUGAGGGGAUGAGCUGGAGGCUUAAGGAGGGGAUUCAGGCAUUUUGGGGGAUUGAGGAUGUGGAGGUAGUGGAGAGGCUGUUAGAGGAGGGGGAAGGGGAUGAGGGCGUGCAAGGUGUGGAGGGUGAAGGGAGUCUAGUCGGAAUGGGUUGCUGA